AUUUAAUUUAAAACUAGAACAGCAUUUGAGAAUAAAUAACAAGAUAAGAAAAUAAACGCUGCUGAGUAAAUAUUCCGCUCAUAAACAAAUGCGUCACUGUCUGAAGUUUUUGGGUCCAUCCCCACAAUUUCUCCUGUGUCUUUUGGAACUAACCCAGCUAUAGGGCCCUGCCUAGUCCUGUAGGAUGUGUUCACACAUUGCCGAUAGUCAAACUGAAGACCAAGAGUGAUCACUGUGAUCUGGAGCCGCGAGAAAAUCACAUUUAUUGUCUGAUGGCAUCGCGAGAACACGACCCUGAUCUGAUAUCGCAACGAAAAUCAGCCGUCAUGUAUCCUAUUAAAACCAAUAUUGGUAGUGAAAAGUGUAUUGGCGAAAUGUCACCUGUCAUAUAACCUGACAAAUCAUUUCCCUCCGCCAAAAGAGCUGAAAAAAUACAACAAAUUGCACAGAUAUGGUGAAAAUUCUGCUCAUGUAAGGCUAUUUGGAUGUAUGAAACUUUACUUAUAUAAUUAUAAUAAUCACAUCUGUCCGCAGUCUGCUCCUCACACCUUAAUAAAGAAAUCAACCCAACAAACACAGAAUGUUGGCAACCUUUUCAGCCCAUUAUCACAGCUGGGCGUCUGUCAGAGUCCGAUCUGAUUCAUCGGAACACGAUUGUUGGUGUGGACAGGAACUUCAAAACACUCUUCGUCAAGUCCAAAAGCUUCUGUCCUCGCACCAGACCUCAUUUCAGCAGAGUUUACGGAGCGUCCGCAAGAAACUCAGUCUGUUACAGAACAACACAGAUAAACACAGCAAACUCAACACAGGCAAGCAAAGCACAGGCUGUCCUUCUCCAGAGCCGUUGGCUAAUGGGCGGAUCCUUGGGCGGGGGUUUAAAGUGGGCCAUGAGAUCCACUUCCUGUGUAGCCCUGGGUUUCAGCUGAUGGGGUUAGAAACCAGACGGUGCCUGGACACCCAGACGUGGAGUGGAACGCAACCGUCGUGCAAGUUUAGAGAUGGCACUGAAUACAACAAUGCAUCUGUUCCUGCAUCAGCAUCCUCUUCCUCUCACCCUCCCACCACCACACGACCGUCCCGCUGCAUUGAGUUUCUGGGCUCUACUCACUGCACCUGUGAACAGGGCUACAGCAUCUCCAGACAGGACACGAAACUGUGCACAGACCUUGACGAAUGUGAGCUGUACCAUCGAACUCAACCUGGUCGUCUGUGUUUGCACACCUGUGUGAAUACAGCCGGCAGCUUCUUCUGUCAGUGUCCUUCAGGCUACAGCCUCGCUCGAGAUAGCAGGAGCUGCCACGACAUCGACGAGUGCGUGCGAGGAGCUCAUAACUGCAGCCGUGAGCAGGUGUGUGUGAACACACACGGAGGUCAUCGCUGUGUGGAGGUGGAGUGCCCUCGAUUCCGCAACGCCACAUACAUCAAAACAUCGGCGCUACGCUGUGACCGUAACCCGUGCCUUCAAGAGGACAAAGCGUGUCUCCAAGCACCGCUCUCCGUUAACUUCCAUUUCAUGUCCGUGGUGUCCAACAUGUCAGCCCCCACCGUCCUCUUCCGGCUGUCGGCGGCACGUGUCCUGGGUGACACCCUGCGCUUCGGUUUGAUGGGGAACCGAGGAGUCCAGUACUUUACCAUCCAGCGCUCGGGCAGGGAGACGGGACAGCUGGUGCUGGUCAACUCCGUCCAGGGCCCUGCCACGCUUCAGGCCGAUAUAGAGAUGAGCGAGCUGGAAAAGAAGGUGCUGCUCGGCCGCUACGUGACAAAGGUUACUCUCUUUGUGUCCCCGUAUAACUUUUAAAAGGCAGAGGCGGUGGACGGACAAUGGUGUGAAAUACAGGCGAGAUAUUGGCGCCCGGGCCUGCGGGGGUGAGAUAGGAGAGCUAUUAUACUCAUUAUAUUACGCAUCUGAGGUGCCAGUUUAACAGCACAAAAGGUGGUUUUGUUGCAAGCUGAAAGUCAUUUCUUUCUUCAGUGUAGUUUAAAAAUAUAUAUUGAUUUUUAUUUCUGCCACUUCCUGCAAAUCAUUUAUUGCACAAGUUUAAAUGUUUUAAGAUGCAGAAGUUUAUCAGGAUUUAAAAGCCUUGAAAAAGUUUUCUAGGUCAGUGUUACGUUCCACUUGUGUAUUAUGUAUUGUUUGGCUCCUUCGUUUCUUCUUUGGCUCUGCUGUUUUCUUUAACCUAUUUAGGUGUCUGAUAAUACUAUUUUAGUUUAAAGCACAUGACACAUUCUUAAUGUCAGAAAUGCAUGCUUUCAUGCAGUUAGAAACACCAAAGUGACAUUUACAAAGCAAAGUUUUGAUUUAAUGACUAAAAGUGCACCAAUGGGUUAUCUGUUGCCAAUAUUUCCUAUGAUAGCUGAUGUUUACCACUGUCUAGUUCAGUUUUUAACACCGUAAAGUGAAAUGAGGCAUGAACACACUAUGCAGUGAGUGAGCUUGAGCAAAGAUGGCAGAUUUCAAGGGCGAAUGGAAGUGAGCAUCACUGCCUCGUUCACUUCAAAGGGCAGAGAUGUGGUUGACUGGACCACAUUUAAAACAUCAUUCCACAGGCCACGACUAGUGAAGGUGAAUGAGUGAUUUCUCA